AUGUAUAGUGAAAUAUCUUCUUCUUCACCCGAGGACGUAGCACACUACCUUGAAAGAAUAUCUGAAUCUUGCAAAUUCCCCACUUAUAGUAGUUCUAACCAUCUUUCUCCACCUCCGUGGGAAGUCCUCGUCCUUGUCUCUCACUACCUAGACCCCAAAACACUAGCCAUAGCCUCCUGCGUCUGCAAGUCAUGGUCUAUUUCCAUGUCUUUAGACGAUCUCUGGAAACCCCCCAUCAAUCAACCAAGCGUCGCCAUCCUUGCCCACCUCGCAUAUCCCAUCGACGACCUCGUCUUCGCCAUCGAAAUCUUUGAUAUUGGAAGUUGUCGCACUCUAGUUCUAACCAACGACGGCAGAGACCUCGAUACUCAUCGGCGCGGCGUGUUUCGAUUCGAAGUUGACGUCCAAAGCAGUGAUGUAGGAGCACGAGAGUUGUCAACAGAGAUGAUGGUGGUGACAUGGCCUGUAGUACUUAAGGGAUGGAAAGGAAUCUUCUCCAUGAUGGUAUGUAAAGUGAAAGGUAUGCUUGUUCCCGGCGGCGAGAAGUGGUUCACGGAGGAGCUUCCGGCACCGGGGUGCUGUGUGUACGCCGGAGCAAGUGGCUUAGUUUCAGAGUUAGGUUUAGGGUUCAGUGAUGGGAGUAAGAUGAGGAGAGUGGAGAAGGUGAGUAUCGGUAUCAUGAAUAUAGGGAGUUGCAGAUAUUUGAGUGUUGACGAUGGUCUAAGGUACCUGCAACAGUCAUAUAGAGAAACCUAA